UAAGGGCAGAAAAAAAGGACACAUGGAUGGAAAGAUGGUCAGAAUAUAUGCAAUAAAGAACAAAUUGUGAAUAUGAAUACUCCAAAAUAGGUCGUCAUUCGUUUGACAAAUGACUUCUUACCACAAUAAAUAUAUCUAUACUAUAUUUGAUUUUGUUAUCAGUGAAUGGUGCAGCCUCAAGCAAAGGAGAAAGCCAAGAAAGAAAAGUUCAAAAUAAGUGUUGCAAAGACGAGUUUCAAGGAGAACACAAAAGCAUUGGCCGAGAAUGAAGAGGAGGGUCUUGCCAAGUUGCUAUAUAGGCCUGAUACCGGUGAGAUUCUUGGAGUAUAUAUAUUGGGGAUGCAUGUUGUUGAUCUUAUCCAUGAAGCAUCAAAUGUCAUUGCAUUAGGAACUCGUGUUCAGGCAGGAGGGGCUGAGGUGCUGCGUGAAGUGGCGGAGAGUGGAAACGAACGCGCACAAGAGAAUGUGAAACGUAUGCUAACAGCGCUUCGUGAACGGGAUGAUGGUGAGGGUAGGGAUUGGAGAGCUUUGUUGGAAGGAGGGGCGAGUCAAACUCGGUAUGGACGAGGCUACUCAACUGCAUUCUAAUGGGUUAGUGCAAUAGGAUUUAGUGUGAUUAUCUUAAAAUGUGAUUUUUGUUAGGGUGUAAGGAAAUUGUAAAUGAUAAUUUUUUUUUUGUAAUUUUAUUGCUGAUUGAUCUGAGAAUGGUACUUAAA